GGAGGCGCGUUCGUUGGCCGCAUUUGGAUCCGUGUAGGAUGCUCGAGUGGACGUUGCGUGUCAAACUAAACUAAACGGAGAUUAAUGUGAGCACUUGUUUUAGGGCAGCUGGAAGAUUUUGCUUCUACGAACAUGGCCGCGGGUGAGGGCAAUGCGCUAUAGACUAGUUCCAACAAAAUAGAAGAGUUUACAUUUAAAGUGGAUAAACGUUAAAACUUGUGGUGAAGAUGGAAACGUGUGUUUUUUUAACCUCCCGGGAUCAGUUCAUGCUGAGCCCACUUGUCACUUGGGUGAAGACCUUUGUUACUAAGCAUGAUGAAGACUUGGACUUUUCUGAACUGUUGGAUGGAGUCAUAUUGAAUGAUGUUAUGAGUCAAAUAAAUCCUCCAACUGUACCUCAAACUGCAAAUAAAUUGAUCAAGGAUCCAAGUCAGAGGGUCCGGAACUUGACUUUCCUUGUUCAGCAAAUCAAGACAUAUUAUCUGGAACACCUGAGGCAGUUGAUUCUGAUUCCUGUUCCAAAUGUUCUGCUACUUGCUAGGAUUCCCCACACUGGACAAACUCUGGAGGAAAUGAAAAAAUUGUUGUUGCUGCUGCUAGGAUGUGCAGUCCAGUGUGAAAAAAAGCAGGAGUACAUUGAGAGAAUCCAGACACUGGACUUUGACACAAAGGCAGCCAUCGCACUUCAUAUCCAAGAGCUAACCCACUGUCCGGACAAGCUACUAGACCUCCACUGGUUGGAGUCCAGUGGGCUGCCCACAGACGAGCUGGAGGUCCUGUCAAAGAAUAUGGCCAUACAUCUUCAACGCCUUCUCGACCAGAGGGACACCCAUCUGGAAACUAUUGCAGAGCUAACACAGGAAAGGGAAGGUGUGGUGAGCAUGCUGUCAAUCCCAUCCAGUUCGCCGUGCACCAUGUACCCAUCCAGUAUGCAACAGCAGCAGCAGACUGGUGCUCAGCAACACUUAGUAGUGGAACUUGCUGACUCUAAGGCCAAGAUCAGACGACUUAGACAAGAGCUAGAAGAGAAGAGUGAACAGAUGUUAGACAGCCGACACGAGCUAGAGAACAUGGAGGGAGAGCUGAAGAGGAUGCAGCAGGAGAAUCUCCAGCUGCUCGUGGACGCCCGGGCAGCCCGGACCUACCGCGACGAGCUGGACGCUCUGAGAGAGCAAGCAAUCAAAGCAGACAAGUUGGAGAGCGAGGUUGGACGGUACAGGGAGCAACUGCACAAGAUAGAGUUCUACAAGGCCAAAGUGGAGGAGCUCAAAGAGGACAACAGAGUGCUCCAUGAGACAAAGGAGAUGUUGGAGGAUCAGCUGGCAGGUUGGCGGGUACGCUCAGAUAAAAUACACCAGCUAGAAAAACAUAGUCUUCUCUUGAAGGCCCGGAUUCACGACAUGGAACAAGAAAGAGAGGCAGAUCUUAAGCGCAUCGAGGAGCUGCAGGACGAAAACUUGACACUGUGUUUGGCACAGAGAAGGAGCAUGGAUGAGUCCCAACACCUGGGAUGGGAGUUAGAGCAGCUUUCCAAGACCACUGAUAAUUCUCAUGGGCAGCAGACUUUAGGUGAGGAAGUGAGUGAGCGUAUCCGCAGUCGGCUGCUAAAAUUGGAGAAGGAGAACAAACAUCUCCUGAAAACUGUUGAGGAGCUCAAAAGUAAAACACAGUCCAGGAAACACAUCCACCACAAUGACAAGGACCGUGUCCAUCAGAAGGUCUGCAGCACAGACAGGUGGGCCUCAUCAACAAAAGAAAACACUAGGUUAAUGAUUCCCUGCUCAGGUGAACAGAACAGCAGCCUAGGUCUGCUAAAUCAGAAGAUAGUUAUAAUAGAUUCAAAAUACCAGCCAGAAGAACCAGAGGGAGUUCAUACAGACCUCCGUUCAGCUAUUGCGGCUCCCAAUGUUCAAGGGAACGAACAGUUCAAGGAUGAUGAGAGCGGAGAACGUCUCAAAGCAGUUUUGCCUGGCCUGGAAGUCUAUGAAAACUGUGCCAAUUCUUCUGUUGGGGCACACGAUCCCUCGCCUGGCUCAAGAAGCAGCCUCUCCAGCUAUGACGGGACCUUCACAAGCCUGCCAGCACGCUUCACUUAUGCCAACAGGCAAACAGAGCGACUGGAGGGCAAGUGCAGGAUGCUGGACUCCAUUAAUCAACAACUACAAACAUCUCUUGCUAACAUUGAGCGAAAAGUGCAGCGAUUGGAGGCUGAGGUUCAGGAGCUGGAGGCAAACAAUCAUAGCCUACGGGCCGCUUUAGAAGAACUCAGGAUUACUGCGCGCCAUCUGGAUCAGAUGGAAGCAGAGAAGCAGAGUUUGGAACAAGAAACCACAACUCUAGAGAAGGAAAAAAGAAAGCUGGAGAAGGAAAAUCGACGACUUCGCCAGCAAAGUGAAAUCCAAGAAGCCAAUUUAGACAACAGCAAUGUCUGCAUGGCGAGCCUGGAAAGGGAGCUGCGCUGCCUGGCAAAGGAGGUUGAGGAGUUGAGGGACACAGCAGAAAGGGUCAAAGGCCUGGAGAGAGACAACAGAGAACUGACCAAGCAAGCAGCUAUUGACCAGAAGACCCUCACCACUCUUAGAGAGGAGCUUGUUUGCGAAAAACUGAAGACUCAGCAGAGAGAUACAGAACUCGAGAGGCUGGCCCAUGAGCAGGAGUUAAAGUUUCUCAACCAAGAGAGUAAACAACAAAUGGAACUCAACUCAGCAGACAGCAGGUUCAAGAUGCUGGAGUCAGAGUUGCAGUUGUCCGUGAAAAGGUCUUUUCAAAUUAAAGAAGAGAAAAUGGCUGUCCUCGAGGCCCGUUUGCAAGAAUCCUCCUCACUCAAUCAGCAGCUGCGCCAUGAGCUCAAAACUGUGAAGCUGCACAAUGAAGCCUUGCAACAGAAGCAGGAGGAGGCAUCAACUGCAUCAAACUCUACGCCACCGAGCGAGAAAGGCAAGGCAGUGAGUGAAUGGCUGCGGGAAAGUCAAGAAGCAACCAAAGAACUGCUGAAGCUCAAAGACCAUCUGAUUGAAGUGGAGAGGAAUAAUGCAACGCUGGGGACAGAGCGUCAGGCUACGCAGGCCCAGCUGAAGCAGCUGGAGAGUCAGUCCGACAGUCAACAGGCUCAGAUCCUUGCCCUGCAGAGGCAAGCAGCCUCCCUGCAGGAGAACAACACUGCUUUGCAGACACACAAUGCUAACCUGCAGGUGGAAAAAUCCACACUGAACUCGCAGAGCGCCUCCCUGUUGGCCCAAAACGCUCAGCUGCAGCAGCAGCAAGCAGGGACAGAAAGUGAGAAAGACAGCGCCGUGCGGGAACUCAAAGGGUUGCGUGGCGCUAAUGAGCAGCUAUUACGCGACCAUGAACGGCUAGCGGCUCUUCAUGAGCGGCAAGCUACGGAGUACGAGGUCCUGAUGGGGAAACAUGGCUGUUUGAAAAAUGCCCAUCGCACACUGGAGCUGGAGCAUCGUACACUGCAGGACAGAUACAACAGCAUGUUACAACAGCGGACCAAACUGGAGGAUCUGGAGAAAGCACUGAAGGAGGAGCAGAUGAGGAUAGGUCUGGAGAAGGAGCAUCAUAGCAGCAUUGCUGCUGAAUGUUGCAGGCUGCGGGAUGAGAAAGAUUGGCUGAACCAAACGUAUCGGCAGCUCCUGAACGACAAUGAGCAGCUGACAGCAGAUCAUAAGCAGCUUAAAAGCCAAUUAAAUGAGACUAAGCUGGAGCACACCUGGCUGGAGGCUGAUUUUUCCAAGCUCAAAAAGGAGUAUCAGCAGCUUGAUAUCACCUCUACAAAGAUCACUAACCAGUGCGAGUUGCUGAGCCAGUUAAAGGGAAACCUGGAGGAGGAGAACCACUAUCUUCUCGGUCAGAUCGACACACUGAUGCUGCAGAACCGCACCUUGUUGGAGCAGACUAUUGAGAGCAAGGAUCUGUUUCACAUAGAAGAACGGCAGUAUAUUGACAAACUUAACGAUUUGAGGAGGCAAAAGGAGAAGCUGGAGGAGAAGAUAAUGGACCAGUAUAGGUUUUAUGAGCCCUCCCCUCCUCGCAGGCGAGGCAACUGGAUCUCUCUGAAGUGGAAGAAGUUGAUCAAAUCUAACAGCCGUGAACACGGACUAGAUCAACCUCUUAAACCAACACUCUCAGAGCCGACUGAGGCACAACUCUCACGUCAUGACAGCGGCUCCAUCCUCAGUUCAGAUGGCUCUGGAGGCUCGGUUUCCACAUCAGCAGGUGACACUAUCUCACCUCAGCGGAAUAACACUCUGAGCAGCUUGGUGUACCCUUCUGCCAUGUUGGAGGAGACACAAUGGGCAGAGAGCUCUGAGGAGAUGGAAGGGUACCAAGCUGACAUGCAGGACAGGAAAAAAGCAUUGACCUCAUUCCUUAGCUCAUCCAUCUUGUCCAUCCUCCACCUGCAUCCCACCACUGAACCAUCCAUCCAACGGCACCCUACUGAGACUGGCGUUCCAGAUGUGUCACAACUGAUAGACAAGGAUCUCAAUGACAGUGCUGUGCCAUCUGGUUUUGAGGACAACGACGAGCUGCAGCAUCACGAGCGUAAUGCAGCCCCGAAUCGAGCUCAAAGUGAGAGCAGUGGUGAGUUCAGCAUGAGUCUGGAAAAUGAGCCCUGGUCAAAUGGCAGCAGCCCUGUCCAGCAGACGCUAUCUCGCCGCUCAUCUUCGUCAUACCAACCACCCCGUGACGCCUCCACGCCUCAGCACGACCAGAAGGCCUCCUCCGCAGCACACAAGGAGAAAGCAUCGACCAUGCCCAUGACAAAGAGCCACGAUUCAGAUCUCAAGCUUAUACUUAAACAAAAAGAGCACACUCCGACCCAAGACUUCUGGCUCACGCGGGGAACACGGAGCAUCAGAAGGGGAUCAAAGAGAAAAGAAACACGUCGCUCAUCCGAUUUCGGGGGUAUGGUCAGCACAAAUGUCAGAUCUAGCUCCAGUAAUACUGAAUGUACCAAGGCCUCAGCUUCUGCACCAAUUACAGUCUUCUGUGUUCAGGGUAAGUCGUCCUCAAUGUCUGGCUGCCUCAAUUGCUUCUCCAAUCCUUUGGGAAAAGAAGGGCGGGUAAAGGGACUCAGGUCUCCCAAAAGUCUCCCUCGUGCCAGCGCUGGGAUUACCACAGCUGAUGGCCCGUCCAGGUGCACCAGCGUCAAUGGCGACUGCAGGGCGCCUGUCAAGACUGAGACUCUUCCUGCAGGAAAGUGCAAUAACAACAACCAUCAAGAAAUAACAAUCAAAGCCAGUCAACAACCAGAGCCUGAGCCCAUUCCUCCGGUCAAACCUCCCAGAAACCCAGCGGUUAUUGUUACCGAAGACCACUCAAAGUCUCCUGUACAGGAGUCUGAUUUCAACUCUCAGUUCACACUCAGCUCUGUCUUUUCUAACACGAUCUUCAGUGAUUGUGCAGGGACUUUGACAACGCCAGACCCUUUUCUCUCAGAGUCCACUUGUAAAGCCACCAGCGAGCCAGGAGUCUACUCGUAACCAUGUAGUUCCACAGGGGUAAAUAACAUCAAAUCAUCGGUUAGGUUAUUGAGUAACAUAACACAUUAGUGUGUUUUACAUAACAUUGGGUCUUACUGCACAGACUGUAUAUUAUUAUGUAUAUAUUUAGAUUGUAAAACAUAUAUAGCAGCUUUUAUCCUGGUGAUGUGAUAGUACACAAAUGGAGGCUUACAGUAGGGAAGGGAUUCAUACCCCGGCCGAGUCAUACCAAAGACUAUAAAAAUGGGACCCAUUACCUCCCUGCUUGGCACUCAGCAUCAACGGUUGGAAUUGGGGGUUAAAUCACCAAAAUUAUUCCUGGGCGCGGCCACCACUGCUACUCACUGCUCCCCUCACCUCCCAGGGAGUGCUGGUGAUGGGUCAAAAGCAGAGGAUAAUCUCACCACACCUAGUGUGUGUGUGUGUGUGUGUGUGUGUGUGUGUGUGUGUGUGUGUGUGUGUGUGACAAUCAUUGGUACUUUAACUUAAAAAAUAUGGCCCCAUAAUCAUUUUGCAAAGCUGUUUGCUGAAAAUGAUGGAAAGCGCCACUUUAAAGUUGAAAUUGCCACAAAACACAUUUUUAAAUAUUCGACACUCUACUGCCAUCUAGCGGCUAAAGUAGAUAGUGCGCAACCCCCACCCACACCCUAUUCGUUGCGUUUCAUGUGUCAGGCAAACUGCGAUGAAAGGGGCCAUAACAAUUCCAUCCCCUUCCUACUGUAUGUCAGAAACGAAAUCUAGAGCUUAAAAACUAGGGCAUAAAUAUAAUUGACUUGCUGUGCAUAGUGACCCCUGAUAGGAAAUACUAAAAUAGAGGACGGAAAAAUACUUCUGCUGCAUCAAAUAUGAUACACUCAAGAUUUGUGUCCCCACUCCUGUGUUUUAGUAUGGUUUGUCUAUCAUUUGGGGUUUUUUUGUACAUUUUAUGUCCGAAUGCUUUACCAGUAUUUUUGGAUUGAUCAUAUUCCGAGUUUUAUGACAUUAGAACGUGAACCUGAAGGAACUGUGACAUUCACAUGUAACAUGUAAAUCUUAUCCUUUGUGUUUUAUCCAUUUUAAUAGAGAAAAUAUUUAAGCAAAAUAGAAAAAAACGUUGUCCUUGUUUGAAUAGUUUUUUACUGUUCUUAUUGGAUGUAGUGUUGCCAGACAUAAUGAUCAUUAUUGUAUUCUACAAUAAUUUCACACUUUGCACUAUGUAAUAACCACAAAAAUGCCAUAAAGCAUGUAGGUUUGAGUCCUUCAACUUCAAUUUAUGGUUAGUAGCAAACAAAUUAUGGAGAUGAAUCUGUCUUUCAUGAAACCAAAUAUCAAAUAAAAUCACUUACCAACAAAAAAAGUUUUGGUUGCAAAACUCUUUUUUUUUUUUUUUUUUUUUUUUUUUUUUUUGAUUCCUAAUCCUUUUUUUUUAGAUAUGAUCAACUUCAACCUUCUGAACAAAAUGAUAAUUUUGGUUGCAAAUCUUUUUUUUUUUGUCCAUAAGGUGUCUAACAUUUUUUGUUCAAGUGUGAAUCUUUGAGCACCUAACUAUUGGAUCCGAUUCCUGAGGUAACAAUUCGAUUCAGCACGAUUCUCAAUUCCAACCAAUUUUCGUAAUGUAAUAUUUGGUAUAAUAAUUAUACUCAAACGUUUUCAAAACAGGUUAGAGGUUAGAAAAGCUCUUUCUGAUUUUUUGAUUUGGCUUAUACCUGAUAUUAAUUAUUUUAUUGAAGUCAUUUGCAUUUUACUUUUUAUCUUAUUAGUUAUGCUAGAUUUUAUUUAGUUUUAUUUAUU